CCACAACCAACAUGCCAGGCCGCCUUCAACACAAGUCCGCUGUAAUCACCGGUGCAGGCUCCGGAAUCGGCCUCGAGUCCUCACUUCUCUUCGCCCAGGAAGGCGCCAACCUCAUUCUCGUCGACGUGAACCUCCCCAACGCAGAAAAGGCCGCGAGUCUCAUCUCCGAACGGUUCCCCAACGUCAAAGCGAUUCCCUUCAAGGCUGAUGUGAGCAAAGAAAGCGAGGUUGAGGCGGCCAUCGCCCUGGCUGUGAAGGAAUUCGGGAGGUUGGACAUCAUGUUCAACAACGCAGGAAUAAUGCACCCCGAGGAUGACAACGCCCUCAACACCGAGGAACGAAUCUGGGACCUCACAAUGGACAUCAACCUCAAAGGUGUCUGGUGGGGCUGCAAACACGCCAUCCUCGCCAUGCGCAAGAACCCAACAGACGAGUCUAAAGGUCUCCGUGUUGGUGGAAGCAUCAUCAACACCGCGAGCUUCGUCGCUAUCAUGGGUGCUGCUACGCCUCAACUCGCUUACACCGCGUCAAAGGGUGCCGUCCUGGCCAUGACACGAGAACUAGCUAUGGUCCACGCGCGUGAAGGAAUCCGCCUCAACUCUCUUUGCCCUGGACCCCUAAAGACGCCCCUCCUCAUGGACUUCCUCAACACCGACGAGAAGAAGCAACGCCGUCUCGUUCACCUGCCCAUGGGUAGAUUCGGCGAGGCAGUUGAGCUCGCCAACGCAGCUUUGUUCCUCGCUUCCGAUGAAAGCAGCUAUAUCACCGGCACCGACUUCAAGGUCGACGGAGGCCUCUCCUCCGCAUACGUCACUGCCCUCGGUGAACCAGCUCUCCCUCCUCCCGCAAGCCUGGUCAAUGCUGCUUAA